UGGUGGAAGUCAAUGGUUCCCGACGUGCGCGCGUUCUGCGAAAGUUGUGUGACUUGCCGUCGAAGUAAACCUAAUAAUCAGAAGCCGUAUGGGUUGCUGAACCCACUGCCAGUACCGGCUCAGCCCUGGGAGGCUAUCGGGAUCGAUUUUGUUGGGCCACUACCUGCCUCAAAGGAUCGUGACUCCUCUUAUGACGAAAUCACUGUGAUAAUCGACUUACUGUCGGGGCGUGUCCAUUUGGUGCCCAGUAGGCAAGACUAUCGUGCGAGAGACAUCGCCGAGCUCGUUUUUGCAGAAAUCUAUAGGCUGCAUGGGCUGCCUCGGCGGAUCGUGAGUGAUCGAGACGUCCUGUUUACAAGUACCUUUUGGCAACAUCUGAAUAAGAUGUUAGGGGUCAAAUUGUCC